AUGUCAAUCAUCCCUCGUAACUCUCCACUAAACCUUCAAUACAGGAUAUGCAUCGUCACGUCUGCCUCAUCGGCCCUGGGAACCGUGGUCUGCAAAACAUUGCUCAAGGCCAACGCCCUCGUUCUCGGGAUCGAUGACCGGAAGCAAGACAAUUCCCUAAGUUCGGCACCAGGCACGCACUUCCAGUAUCUGCAAAGUAGUACUGAAAGGGCUGCGGAGCAAAUGACGCAAGCUGUGGCGGAGAAAUUUGAGGGGAGUGAAAGGGUUGAUGUUCUGGUCUGCUUGGGUCAUGGCCGCGAGGAGAGUACGUUAGCUGAGACGGUCGGAGGUGUUAUGGGCAAGGGUGACGGAGGCUCAAUCGUCCAUAUUCUUGAAGACGGCGAAGGUAUGGAUGAGGCGAGGAGGCUUGCGGGUUCAAGUCACAGCCAUGGGAAGCUAAGGUGUAAUCUUAUUGUGCCUGCUGACUUACGAGGCAAAGCCGACGCACAGCCAGCACCCGCUUUCGAGGAGGCAAAAGAACAUAUGCGAGCUCUAGUCAAGACAGAGAAGUAUCGUCGAAGUCCAGCGUUUCUCGGUUCUUCGGACAUUUUACUGAUCAGAAGCUGA